AUGGCUUCUAACGAGGCAAUGGAAAUUUCCAAGAGGUGUGAGGAUGUCAGUCCUAUGGCUAAACAACCUGUCGAUAUUGAAAGCGUAAAGCGCAAGAAGUUCAAGACCGAUGACCUUCCCUUGUCUGCCGCGCAACAUGCAGUCAUUGACAAACUCCUACAUUCAUUCAAGAAGAAGGGUGGCUUUGAUAGUGUUCGCAAACAAAUAUGGGCUGAAUUCAACGACGGGGAACUUCGAACUGAUUUCACCAACAAGUUGGUCGCACUUGCAGAGUCAGAGAUCGAUCGCGAGCCGGCACUGCUGUCACGCGAGAGAGGAAAAGCAGCGACACUCAUUGAGGGUGCGGUGGAUCGUGGUGAUGUGUAUAAGAGCGUGGAGGACUCCAUCGACCAACUAGCAUCCAAACAUCUUGAUUUUAUCCUCGAAUCUGUCCGCGAGAUCCGAUGCCAGGACGUCGGAGAGGAAGUAGCCGCCCGUGAACUCGAGCUAGGGAACAAAACCGAUGCAGACUACGAAGCACACGUCAGAGCCCAGCGGGAGCAGCGGGAAAAGAUUUGGCGCGAAGAAGAGCGCAAACUGAAGGAGAUCGAGGAAGAGGAAAAACGUGUCAGGGAUGAAGAACGCAAAAAGAAGCGGGAACUUGAACGUCAGAAAGAUGAGGAAGACCGGGCCCGGAGAAAGGAAAUCGAUGAACAGAGGCGAGCUGAUCGUGAACGCCAACGCGAAGAACAACGAAUCCUCGACGAGCAGCGAGAACGAGAGCGAGAUGAAAGAUAUGAGCGACGAAGGCGAGAAGAUAGGGACCGAUAUCGAGGCUGGGACCGCGACCGCGACCGUAGUCGAACUCGAGAUAGAGACCGUUUCCGUGAUCGCUCUCCGGCCUAUCGCUCUGACCGUGGCUUAUCUCCUUGGCCCCGGGAUUCAAAACACGACAAGUCAUCUACAUCCAAUGCUCCCACUCCUGUGUUAGCGCCCCUUGUGGAUGAGAAGUCACUUGAGGAGGCUGCUUUGCAGAUGCUCUUGAGAGAAGGCGAAGAACUUGCAGCCAAGGCUCGACAGAAGCCCGAGUUUGACUUUGAAGAGGCCGAGGCUAUUGAAAAUGGACUGAGACCGCCAGUAUCAACAUUAGGGCCGACCAAGGGCGCCAACGAUUCCAGAUUUUCUAAUACAUCUACCAGAGCGGCCAGCCUAUCCCGAGAUGCUGACGCGAGGCGUGAAGCCGUAGUCGCUCGCGCCGGCGGCGCACAUCCCGUUACGACACAGAUCGUCGUCGCGAACGGUCCCGGGAUGCUUCUGCGAGGUCUCGAGAUCGUGAUAUCGAUGCGCGCCGCGGCUACCGCGACUUCCGGGAUGACCGAGGCGGUGGAAGCUACAGGCCAAACCGCCGCAGCCGCAGCCGAUCCACCGGCCGGCGUGACCGGGACCGCAGUAUUGGCCGGGACAGAGAUAGGAUACGGGAUCGAUCGCGGUCCAAAGACCGUGACCGAGACCGCAGCCGCAACCGAGACCGAGAUCACGAUAAUUAUCGCCCUCGGCGCAACCGGCCCUCUCGCUCACCCGUACGCCGACGUUCUCGCAGCCGUUCACGCUCGCGCCCUCGUGCUCGUGACCGCCCUCGGUCACGUUCUCGAUCUACUCGACGGAGAUCUCGGUCUCGGCGUCGCUCGCCUUCUCCUACUCUAG